AUGAAGACUGCCAAUUCCCUGGCGGCGUCCACCGCCCUCGUGCUAGCAGCUCUCUCCAGCCCUGCCACUGCCGACCUGGUUGAUUCCGAGUCGCUCCAGGCCCUCAUCAACAUCGAGGAUCUCCUGGCCGGCUCCCAGAAGCUGCAGGACUUCGCCGAUGCCAACGGCGGCAACCGCGUCUUUGGCAGCCUCGGCCACAACGCCACCGUAGACUGGCUCUACGACACCCUCAACUCCCUCGACUACUAUGACGUCGUCAAGCAGCCCUUCACCGAGCUCUACUCGGAGGGCACUGCGACCCUCAAGGUGGACGGCCAGGACGUUGAGGCUCGCAUCCUGACCUACACGCCGAGCGGCGAGUACACCGGCGCCCUGGUCGCCGUGGAGGGUCUCGGCUGCACCGCCGACGCCUUCCCUGCUGAGGUGGCCGGCAAGGUCGCUCUGCUGUCCAGAGGCUCGUGCUCCUUUGGCGAGAAGUCCGUUGCCGCCAAGGCUGCCGGCGCCGCUGGUCUCGUCAUCUACAACAACGUGCCCGGCAGCCUCGCCGGUACCCUCGGCUCACCCUUCCUCGACUACGCCCCUGUCGUGAGCAUCAGCCAGGAGGACUCCGUCCCCAUCCUCGAGGCUCUCGGGGCCGGCGAGGUCACUGUUGACUUCAAGGUCGAUGCUGUCGUGGAGAACCGCGUCAACUACAACGUCAUUGCCGAGACCAAGGGUGGUGACCAUGACAAUGUCCUGAUCCUGGGUGGACACUCCGACUCUGUCGCAGCUGGUCCCGGUAUCAAUGACGAUGGCUCUGGAACCAUUGGCGUCCUGAAGGUCGCCGAGGCCCUCACCAAGUUCGAGGUCAACAACGCUGUCCGCUUCGCUUUCUGGGGCGCCGAGGAGUUCGGAAAGCUUGGAUCUUACUACUACGUCAAGCAGCUCAACUCGUCUGACGAGGAGGUUGCCAAGAUCAGGGCUUACCUCAACUUCGACAUGAUUGCGAGCCCCAACUACAUCUACGGCAUCUACGACGGUGAUGGCAGCGCGUUCAACCUGACUGGCCCUGCUGGCUCCGAUGCCAUCGAGAAGGAGUUUGAGGACUUCUACCGCGCCAACGGCGUCAAGUCCGUGCCCUCCGAGUUUAGCGGCCGCUCCGACUACGCCGCCUUCAUCGAGAACGGCAUCCCCUCCGGCGGUCUCUUCACGGGAGCCGAGGGUCUCAAGACGCCCGAGGAGGCGAUCCUCUUCGGCGGCGAGGCCGGCGUUUCGUAUGAUGUCAACUACCACAAGAUCGGCGACGACAUCAACAACCUGAACCACGAGGCCUACCUGCUCAACACCAAGAGCAUCGCCAACUCGGUGGCCAAGUACGCCCUCAGCUUCGACUCGCUCACCCCCGUCGACCUGACCAAGCGCAGGUGGGCUGCCGACCGGGCUUUGUUCCACAAGAGAUCUGGCUUCCACAGUGCUCAGCAUGGACAUGUUGGUCCUUGCGGUGGCGGUGGUGUUACCCAGUAA